AUGGAAAAGUUAAUUUCAGACGAGACUUCUCGAGUUCGAGCCGUGCUUCAAGCUGAAAGGGAUGAAGCAAUGAGCCGUAGCAAGAAGCUAGCUCGCCAGUGUGACAAGCUAAAUGUCCAACUGAGUGAUGCUCGUUCCCAACUACGCGAUCUUAAUGCACAACUGGCUGAUGCUGCAGAAUACAAGAUUACAUCGCUUGAACGAGCCAGAAAGAUCGAAGAGCUGCAAAAGAAGAUAGAUGAAGCUGAACUAUUAAGAGCUCGGUAUAAUCGCAAGGUCAGCGUUCUGAAAGACCAAGUACGAGCUACUGGGGAGACCUUCGAACAAGAGCGAACCAGUACGGAGCACCAAUUAAGUAUUCUAAGAGAUGACCUAGCUAGGACCAAAGAGGCACUCGUGGAAUGUCAGAGGCGGGAGGCACAAUUGCAAAGCUUUAGGCACUCCAUAGCAAAGCUACUAGGUAUACUCGUUCCAUCUUCUGUGUCAGACUUUGAGAUGGUAUCUCGACUGCAGAAGUUAAUAGAUGCUCAUCACGACUUCACAACAGUGUCUCGACGGUACGACGACCCUGCCUUAUUGAGGGCUUCCUCAAGGUCACCUCCACCUUCUAGGUGUAGGACGAGGACACCUGAUAGGUCCCUCCGCUACGACGACUCUGGUUACGCGGAUCCCGCGUUCGACCUCGAGGACGAACUAUACAAGAGUCGAGCCCCUUUGUGA